AGGAAACACCAGGCGGGUAAUAGGAAAAGUAACACCAUGCGAGGAUUUGACAUGCAAUAUUAGGCGUCUUUAAUUAUCUGAAACACAUAAGAAAGGGUUGCGAACACUGCAACGGAAGGGUCCGCAUUGAACCUUAGCAUUUUUUGAAAAAGCCAACAUUUGAUCUGGUCUUUUAAAGGCAAGACCGAAGAUUUGGCCCUCACGCGGGCAUCUUUCAAAGCUAACUAGCGUGUUAGCUGUGAUGCUGAGUGUCUUCAUGAGUGUCCAAAUCACCUGUUUGUGUUAAUGCGUUGCUUCUAAGACAACAUGUCUGGAUUUAACUUUGGAACAGGGACCCUGGGAGCCGUCAACCCUGGUGGGGGAUUCUCAUUUGGAGGCGCAACCAGUACACCUGCAGCCAAUGCCGGUGGCUUCUCUAUGGGCACAGCCCUCGGUACAGCAGCCACAACCCUUACUGCCACCACAGGUGCCACCCCAUCUCUCGGACUUGGAGGCGGUCUCUUCGGUCAGAAACCUACUGGAGGAUUCUCUUUCAACACACCUGCAUCAGGUGCUGUUGCACCCACUACAGGCCUUACAUUAGGUGCACCUGCUGCUACAGGUGCAGCCACUGGUUUUAGCUUGGCCUUCAACAAGCCCACCGCCUCAGCAACACCCUUCUCCCUCACCACCUCCACGCCCUUGGCAGCUCCUGGAGUGGCAGGCUUAUCGUUCGGCUCUGUCCUGACAGCCACAGCUCCACAGCAGACUUCAGCCUUCGGCCUGGGUCUUGGGGGUGCAGCAACCACCACAGCAGCAUCCUUAACAGGCCAAACACUGGGCGGAAGUCUCUUCGCCAACACUUUGGCUUCAGGUUUGGGUCAGACUCUUGGAGGUGGGUUAACGUUAGGUUCUCUGCUAGCUUCCUCCACUGCAUCAGCAGUGGCCCCGGCCCCCAGUCUUGGCCUGGGUGGAGUCGACUUCAGCACGUCCUCUGAGAAUAAGAGCGACACAUCAUCUGGAGCCAAUGCAAAGGACAGUAAAGCUUUGAAAGAUGAGAACCUACCACCAGUUAUUUGUCAGGAUGUUGAGAAUUUCCAAAAAUUUGUUAAAGACCAGAAACAGGUUCAGGAAGACAUCAGCAGGAUGUCAUCUAAGGCCAUUUCUAAAGUCCAAGACGACAUCAAGAGCCUCAAACAGUCUCUCUCUGUCAGCGCCAGCGGCCUGCAGCGCCAAGCUCUGGCCAUCGACAAGCUCAAGAUGGAAACAGCGCAGGAGUUGAAAAAUGCUGACAUAGCACUGCGUACACAGAAGACCCCCCCUGGACUUCAGCAUGAGAACAAUGCUCCAUCAGAUUAUUUCCGGAGCCUGGUAGAGCAGUUUGAGGUUCAGUUGCAGCAGUACCGACAGCAGAUAGAAGAAUUGGAGAACCACCUGACAACACAGAGCAGUGGCUCCCACAUCACUCCUCAGGACUUGACCAUGGCUAUGCAGAAGUUGUACCAGACAUUUGUCGCACAGGCUGCCCAGCUCCAGUCUGUUCAUGAGAAUGUCAAGAUCUUGAAGCACCAAUACCUCUCCUACCGCCGGGCCUUUCUAGAAGACUCUACGGACGUCUUUGAGUCCAAACGGGCGUCAAACAGGAAGUGGCAGAGCACGCCGCGAGUCACGACGGGGCCGGCCCCUUUCUCUAAUGUGCCCAACGCUGCAGCGGUUGCCAUGGCAGCCACGUUGACCCAGCAACAGCAGCCAACUCCAGGGACCCAGGCACCCUUGGGGGUAGGGUUCGGAAACCCCUUUGCCUCGGCAGUGGGCACUAGCUUGGGCUCUUCUACCCUUGGAGGUUUUGUUGGUGGGCCAGGAUUUGGUGGGGUGGGGACUGGGGGGUCUUCUUUUGCCUUCUCCACCAGUAAGCCCACAGGAGGCAGUCUGAGUGCAGGUUUCGGUAGCAGCAGCACCUCAGGAUUUAACUUCAGUAACCCUGGCCUCAACACGUCGGCUGGCCUGACCUUUGGCGUGUCUAACCCGGCAGCUGCAGGCUUCGGCCAAACACCCCUCCUCCAGCUCAAGAAACCCCCUGCUGGUAACAAAAGGGGAAAGAGAUAAAACCACAGAAACACUUAAACCCUGACUGACUAGCUCGGUGUCUGUAACGGGUAAGGCCUGGUCUCCCAGAAGCAUAUCAGUGCUUUAAUAAUCACUAUCCAACUACAGAACAAAGAACAUUUUAACCAGACUAAAUGAUCCAGGCUUUGAUUAAAACAACCAUAAAUCAACACCACAGGAUCACACUUUAAAAUCACAUUGAGGUAUGUACUAAAUAAACAUUGAGAAAACCAAAAUCCUAUGACCAACAAACAUCUUUCUAACAAACAUUGGUGUCUAUAGUCCUAAAGUGUUGCUCUUCACAUGUUCUCAUUAGAUUAGAUUAGACAAUUCAAUUCCUUCAAUGACCUUGGUCUUUUGGAUGCCCGGCAACUAAAUACAUUUGCUAGACAGUGGAGUUCAAGGAAAACUUAAAAAUUGUCUUUGCAUAAUUUAAAAUAUGAGUUUGCAUUAACUCAAACAUGCUGCCUGCACAUUACAAUCUGUAGCGCUACAAUGCUCGUGGGAAUCCCAGCCAUGGACAGAUCUGUUUUUUAUAGUUCAGUAAUCUUUGAGGAAUGUCUUUGGUCUGAAUAUUGAUUUUGUGCUUUGAGGUUGACAGUUUUUUCAGUAGUUUACCUAAACUCUGUCAAACUUAUAACUGCAUUUGAAGCCAAUCUAAUGAUAGAUUGGCUGAGGUCUUGUCCAGGAGGGGUAAGAUGAUAUAAAAAGAAAAAAGGCUUAUGAGGAAAUAAGUCUGGAACAGUGUAGUUCCAGUACUAUCUGAUCCUGAAUAGUUUUAUAGGCACAGGAGAGUGUCCAGGGUGGGUUUUUGGGGAAGAACAGCUUUAUUUUUGUAUCAAGUGGAGAAAGAGAUGACACUGGGAAGGGGAAAAGGGGGACUAGCACCUUCCUAGUCCAUUAUGUAGUCCACAUAACCUGUGUUGUUAUUGAUAGAUUCCAUCCUUAUCAUUUUUUGAUAAUUACUUUUUAGACACAUUUAAUUUAGCCCAGCGUAGGAACUUGCGAGAGGGAAUGCUGUGAUUGUAUAACAUGACUCCCAUUACAUCUUAAGUUAGAUGAAUCUGAAAGGGAUUUCACAAGCAGAUUCUACCUAUUCCACUUGUGCUAGAUUAAAUGUGCACUGGCGUAUUUGACCUGACAAUGAUUGUGUGAAUGUGCAUGAAUGAAUUUGUCUCUGGUCUAUUAUAGUUGCUUUUUUUAAUUGUCCAUCUCUGUUUGGUUACCAAAUACUGGUAGUUGUACUAUUAUUUUCUAAUCACAGUCUGUGUAAACCUGUAUUUUCAAGAAGCCGUUUAAUAAUAAAAUCUUAAUGAUGUUUCAUGGCAUCACUUCAAUAAAUAUGUAUGCUGACACAGAA